GUAGCUGUGGAUUUCCCUGGUCAGAGGGAAAAGUUUCAGCAAGUCAGCAGAUCGGGUCCAAGGAUGAACGUGGGAUUUAAUCCUGAUCGCGCCGUGCUGAAAAUCCAGCGGUUUCAACAAGCCUCCAGGCACGAUCCCUCUCCCGGUAGCUCCAGUCUUCGGUGCCACGUCAGGCUGAGGCGGGCGAUGCGGAGGGCGGAGCCGGUCCGGACGCGCAACAAUUCCCAGGUCUGUGGACUGGGAGCCUCGAGGCGACCUGAACUUUCUCCCGCCUCGGCGAUGAUCACGCUUAUCUUUCUCCUCCUGCCGCUGCCGCCCUUGGCUUUGGCCAGUUUGUCGAAGUUCGCGUUCGUGCUGGCCGGCGGAGAUGUCCAAUGUUUCUUCGAAGAGAUCGAAAAGGACACCGAGUAUCAUUUCGUGUUCCAGGUGAUUGCGGGUGGACACUAUGAUGUAGACUGCUUCAUUGAAGACCCCAAAGGGCAACUGGUCUACAGAAAACACAAGAUACACCAAGAAAAACUCAAAGAAAAGGCAGAGAUGUCAGGCGUCUACAAGUUCUGCUUUGGCAACCAGUUCUCCAGCUUCACCCAGAAGAAGAUUAUUUUCCUCCUUAAGAUAGGCAAGAUGUCUCCAGUUGUCUCUGAUGACUCCAAAAAACCUACCGCUCUUACCCAGCUGGAGUCUUCCUGUACCACAAUCUAUUAUUCUCUGAGGCACGUGAUUGACCUGCAGUCACUACAACGCUUGCAGGCACUGAUCGACUGGCUGCAUGCAGGAAGUAUCAACACCCAAGUCCUGUACUGGGCAGUGAGCCAGACCGUCAGCCUUCUCCUGGUUACCAUUGGACAGGUGAUUGUCCUGAAGAGGUUCUUCACUGAGAAAAGGGCGAGUGUGUGCGCAGCUGGUACUAGAACCUAGCACCACUUAUCCACUGAAUGCUGUACCCUCAGUAAUUGCCUGAGCUGUGUCACAGCAGAGUAGUUAUUAUGUAAUGACAGAGAUUAAUGAAAAAAGAUAUUUUUAUUUGUCACAUGUACAUCGAAACAUCCAGUUGCAUAAAUGGCAUAUUUCACUGCAUGUUUUGAUGUUCAAAGUACAUUUUUUUAUCAAGUUAUGUACGCCGUAUGCAACCUUGAGAUUCAUCUACUUGCAGGCCCUCACAAAACAACGAAACACAAUAGAAUUCGUGAAACAUCCCACACGGCAAAGACCAACAAACAUCCAAUGUGCAAGAAAGAGCAAAUUGUGCAAAGCAGUAAAAAAGUAAACAAAUAACGCACAGAGCAUGAACCGCAGAUUCCCCGACAGUGAGUCUGCAUCAAAGCAGACAGCAUGGUCUCUGUUACUUUGCACCAUUGUGACUGAGUUCAAGCCAGCAGACCAGACUGAUGCUGUCACUUGGCACAUCAAGCCUGCUCAGAGGUAUAGUUGAUCAAUCAAUGGUGGGGAUAUUAGGGGCAGCAUGGUAGCAUAGUGGUUAGCUCAACACUUUACAGUACCAGUGAUCCAGGUUCAAUUCCCGCCACCGCCUAUGAGGAGUUUCUGCAUUCUUCCCAUGGGUUUCCUCUGGGUGCUCUGGUUUCCUCCCACAGUCCAAAAACAUGAUUGCUCAUUAUAAAUAGCACCAUGAUUAGGCCAGGGUUAUAUCAGAAAUUGCUGGGCAGUGCAGCUCGAAGGGCCGAAAGGCCUACUCUGCGCAGUAUCUCAAUAAAGUAAAAUAAAAACAUUUGGGUACUCAGAUUCAUUCCUGACACCAUUGAUUUUUGAGCAUCUGGGUUUUCUGUCCCCAGAAGCUUUUAGACCAUCUGUAUGAGUUACUUUGUCCCAGCAAAUGUGUUUGAGCAUUCAGAUAUGUCUCCCACUGCAGAUAUGUAAUUCAGAGGAAGCACUGUCAACCCAAAGUAUUGAAGUAAACAAUGUCAUUGUACCUAUUGAAGCUGUAUAGACUUACCUAUAGUUUCCUUUGAUCUUAAGGGUUACAAAAUGUGAUGUACUUUGAGUUUGGGAGACUCU